AUGAUAAAUUUUCCAGGAAGUAAGGACUGCGAAUUUGUACAUGAAUUUAGUACAAAUAAAUACAAAUACAGAGUAUACAAAAUAGAUCCAUUUGAUAAAAGGCUAUGGAUGGAAGAGAAAGAUCAAGUUAAGUAUAGGAAUAAAAUGAAAUCAAAUAAGAAUGUCUCAAAUGGAAGAAAUGUGAGGACUGUUGAUUGGGAUACAACUAAGCCUAAAAUUAAUUUUAAUGAUGAUUUUGAACUUCCAUCAACAUUAUCGAUAAUAUCAGUUUGCAUAUCCAGAAUAGGCAAUGAUCUAGAAGAAUCCGAUGAUUCUCAGUCUCAAUGUUACUCGAAUGCUAGAUGGUAUAAAUCCGUUAGAGGAAGACUUUUGCAUAAGUCAGAAUCUGGUAAACUGGAAGGGAAAAUAGUUGAUGGUAAAUAUUUGAUGGAUAAUGAUUUAAGAGAUUCAUCUAUGUUUGGUAUGUUGUUGUCAUCCAUCUUCACAGCGGGAGUAAAAAAUAAUAUAAAUGUCCCAAAUGAUGAAGAUGAGCAUAUAUUUUACAAUAAAUUGGACGUCAAGGAUAAUGGAGAGAAUACAGAAUACAUUAGAAAAAUAUAUCUCUGGCCAAGUUAUUGUGAGUACAAAACAAACUUGACUAAAUUAAAUGAGAAUCAAUCAGUUAAUAAAAACAAAAAAAGCAGGAUAAAAGUGAAUCAAAGUGAGUUUGAAAGAAAUAAAGAGUUUGAGCAAGAAUCUAAUACAGACAACUUCAAUAUCAUAGUAAAAAAUGGGUGUCCAGUAGAAGGAGUAAAAUUAAAUAUACUUUUGAAUACUGAAACUCUCUUAAUAUUUUCAUUACUAGAUGAAGAAUGGAAUCGUCUACCAAAUAUUUCCAACCAAAGUAUAACAAUGAGAUGUGCGAUUAAACUACAUAAACAAAAACAAACUUUAGAAUCUCAAGGUUGUUUUGCUCUUAAAUUAAAAGAUAAUGUUCAAAAAAAUAAUAAUUUAUAUGAUAAUUUAGAACCGAAAAGAGGAUGGAUGGAUCUUAAUAAAGAAUUUAAUAGUAAAUUUGAAACAGAAAAAACUAGAACAAACCAUCAAGAGUGGUCUGAGAGAAGGUGGGGUGAUUAUUUUGACACUCCAACCAGAAGAAUGCUCAUGGAAGGACAAUGGAGUUUUGACCCAAGUUCGAGAUUAGAGCAAAUUGAGGUUGGUAAUAUUCAGCCCAAUACUGUAGGGUUACGUUCUGAAAUUACUGGAAAGUCAAUUUUAAACACUCCAAAAAUCGGAAGAGAAAGUAUUAGUGGAGGAUCAGGUAACAAAUCAUACUUGCUAUUCAAUAAACAGCAUGCUGAAAGUUUGAAUUAUCAAAGCUUUCAGUCGAGCUCAACUAAUAGUCUUGAAGAUAUAGAAAAUGAUGAAAUUGUUUCAAAGUCUGACUCAAAUUUGUAUAGCAGAAGAUUGCCAAGUAAACCGAUGAUACAUUCAGUUUUCCAAAACAUAUUAUGGCGAGAUUGGUUGAUAAGAUAUGCACCACUAGUCGGAAAUAAUGGUAACUUUGUGAGAGUUGGAACCAAUUUUGCUUUUGCUUUUUUAGGAGAAUCCUAUAUUGAAGAAGCAGCCACCUUAGGUUUUUCUUAUGACAGGGCUAUAUUAUCAUAUCUUUCUGGAAAAAGAUUAGCACAACUUGGUAGAUUUCUCACUUUUGGAUAUACUCAAGGAUUGUACGGAGUAAGAGUUGACAGAUCCUCAACGAUCAAUGCUUGGGGAGUUGACUUACAAGCGAGAUACUUCAUUUCUUCAACACUGGUUUCUUUUGGUCUUAGAGAAUAUGCACAACAUAUUUCUGUUAGAGAGGUAGGACUAUCUUUGAGACAUAGUUUUUCACAAAAAGAAAUAAUUGUGGGACAACAAUUUUCAACAGAAGCCAUUGCAUCCUACAAAACUUUAUUUGUGGAUAUUGCAACUGAUGUCAAAAAUAAGUCAUAUGGUAUGGCAUUUGGGUUAAGAGGAUAUCAAUUUACUGUUGUAAGGAACUUUUCAACUAGGACAACGGACUUUUUGGGUAAUUGGGGUAAUGGAUGGCAGGUAUUAUUGAGUUCAACGUUUCCUAGAAAAGAAGAUCCAACAGUUGCUGUUAGAGCUGGUGCGGGAAGGUUGGGAAGAUCUUUUGUUUUAGCAGGUGGUGGAAUAGGUAGAGAUAUGAUUCCAAUAGUAUCUUUUCAAACACAACUUGACGAUGUUGGAGUAAUUCUGGAGUUUAGCCCUAGUGUGAAUGAGAGAAUGUUUGCAUAUGGUAUAGAAAUUAAUCAUUUUGCAUAUUUCUGGGAAUCUAUCUUUUCUGCAGAAAGAGUGCCAGUACCAAUUUUGCUGGGAAUUGAACCGAAGGAAUUAAGUAAUGCAGUAUUUGGAUAA